CUUGUCGAAGGGGAGGCACGGGCGGGAGCGAUUUAUUGUUGUCGCUGUUUGUUGAUAACUAAUUGCUGGAGUGCAGAAACUUUUGAAUAAUCGUGCAGGUUUUUUGGACGUGUUUCACGUCUUUCGAGAGUACGCUGGUGAAUCGUACGUUGGGUGCACUGAUGCGCAUUAAGGGCGAAUUCUCAGAUCUGCUUUGACCGUGGAUGCGUAUGCAUGACGAGUGACGCACAUGAUGUUAUUAUAAUAAUAUAGGCCACUUUAUCGAUAAUAACGCUCGUCAAUUGUUAUCGCCUGUCGUUUCUGCGUAUUAACAUUAAAGUUCCUUUCCGUUUAUUUAUACUGAACAAAAAAAAUGUUUCUAUCGCUUCUAUUCUCGGACGCCAUGGGAAUAAUGCUUUCGACCAUCGCGAAAGUCAAUAUUGCGAGACAAAUCAAUCGCAGUAAAACGAUGACAUUGAACAACUUUAAAACUUCCAGUUUAAUAAGAUAAAAUAAAAACUUUGCAAAAUUAUGUCAAAUCCUCGCGAAUAUUUGCAAAAUGAUUAUCGGUUGCUACGUUUUUGACUGUUCAAUUUGGCUGUUCAACUGUCAGCGGAGAGUGAACUUGUGAGCAUGCGUCCACCGUCGGCGUCGGCUCGCAGCAAUUUGACGGUUGGCAAACGUGCAGAUCGUGCAGUACUCGACACGCGCAGCAACGCGUUGGUCGGAUGGUAGGAGAGUUCGGGAAGCUGGUUUUUCAUCGUUCUGUCAUCGGUACUUUCGCACUUUCCCGUGACUUUACAUUGUCAGUUCCAAUGAAGAACGAAUACACGUUCGAUAACUUUCCCGCUUUGAAGCUAAAGCAUGUGCAUAUGAAGGACGAGGUCGCAGUGCUGAAAACGAUAAAUGCUAUUCUCCAAGGUGGCAGGAAUAAUUUGCAGAUAGUCACAGACUUUGACUUGACCCUUACGAAGCAACACAUCGAUGGUAAACAUGUUCUUAGCAGUUUUGGUAUGUUUAAGAAAUCUAAGCAGUUACCGCCACGCUACACGGACGAAUCCAUACGCUUGUAUCACAAGUACAGACCUAUAGAAAUCGAUCCACACCUGUCACUGAAUGAAAAAUCAAACGCCAUGUUCGACUGGAUGAUCGCUGCACACAAUUUACUAAAGGGCAUUGAGUUCAAUUCUCUCGAACUAGAGGAGAUAGCCCAAACGUUCGACAAUAUACUGCGUGAUGGUACGGUAGACGUUUUUACGAAGCUUCACACUGUGGACGUACCGAUUGUAGUGUUUAGUGCUGGUUUGGGAGACAUGGUAGAGGCUAUAUUGAAAUUUCACAAUGUCCUCUUUGACAACGUGAAAGUAAUCUCCAACUUUCUCAAGUAUAACGGAAACAAACUGGAAGGAUUUAAGAACGACGUGUUUAUACACACGUUCAACAAGAAUGAGUACGCACUGACGAAGGAUUAUCAAGAGAUAUCCGAAGAAAGGCACAACGUGUUGCUAAUGGGCGACACGAUCGGCGACGCCGACAUGACACAGCGAAUAGAGAACAUCAAGACGAUCCUAAAAAUAGGAUUUCUUUACGAGCGCGUGGAGGAAAGCUUAGACUCGUUUAUGGAGAAGUUCGACAUCGUCCUUGUUGACGACCAGACGAUGCAAGUACCGAUGGAGAUACUGAAAAAUAUUUUAUAAUGACACAUAUCUGAGAGAACCGAUUAAUACUCCCUCUAAUAAUUGUGUGUACAUAUUUUAAUAUACAAUUGACAUAACUGCUCUAUAACAUGGAGUACAAGAUAAUAUAUUUUACAAUUAACUGGUCUGAAAGGGGAAUGUAAUGCAUUUCCUAAUAGAUUUUUAACAACGAGUAUAUAGGAAGCAAUUAAGUUAUGCUCAUUCCGAUGAAAAAUAUAUUAAUAUGUGAGAUUUUAAAUAAAUUAAUGUUCGUUAGCUAAAAAUGACAAAGAUAAUUAAAUAUACUUUCGGAUUUUAUAAUUUAUAUAUAAAAGAGUAUCUCAUCACACUAUUAUAUAUUCAUUAAAGCAUGUCAGAUACAGGAAAACCAAAUAAUUUUGUAAUAUAUAUGAAAUUUUAUAAUUGUUACAUACACAUACACACACGAUCGAUUAUAUACACGCACACGUAUGGACUGUGAUAUAUAUUCUGCGAUAGAGCUUGCAGCUAACAAUAAGCACAGAAUCAAAUAUCUAUUUUGAUACAAAAUGUAUACGUCUAUCUAUUAAGAUAUUUAGACCAAGGUUGCUCCAUCGUAAAUUUUAUUUUUGUUUCAAGGGAAAGCCUAAGUAAAUAGGAAUAAUAAAAGAA